AUGGGCAGCCCGGGCAGGCCUACACCGUCCGGGCAGCUCUCGCAGGACUGCUCACACUGCACGCAAAAAGCCCAAAAGGCAAAAAAAUCGAUCAUUAUCCCAGCACACUCACUUUGUGCAUUCAUUGCUCCCUCUAGAGAGAGACUGACACAGAAAGGUGAUGCAUUACAUAGCGUUAGGACAAACCUAAGGGAUCCUAACAACGUUCUUCAAAGCUGGGAUCCAACCCUUGUCAAUCCCUGCACAUGGUUCCAUGUCACCUGCAACAAUGAUAACAGUGUAAUAAGAGUUGAUCUUGGGAAUGCUGGCUUAUCCGGUCAAUUGGUUGGGGAUCUUGGCAAGCUGAAGAAUUUGCAGUAUUUGUAUGUUAUCCUUUUAUUGUUUGGAACCACAAAUGAUUACCUUGAUAGAAACGCAGAAGUGUUGCUGAAAGUAAUAUUGAAACUUUUGGGAAAUGUGGAAUUCUGUGUGGGUUAUCGAGAGGUUUACUUCAGCAGGUCUUACUUGAGUUUGCUUUUAGCAGUAGAAAUUGUGGUUGUUCAAGUUAGGGAGUUAUACAGCAACAACAUAACAGGGCCAAUACCAAGUGACAUUGGGAAUCUUACUAACUUGGUGAGCUUGGAUCUGUACUUGAACAGUUUCACGGGUCCCAUUCCAGACACACUGGGCAAAUUAUCCAAGCUGCGAUUCCUGUGGGAUAGUCGGCUAAAUAAUAACAGUCUGACGGGCUCCAUCCCAGUUUCGUUGACAAAUGUCACUUCUCUUCAAGUCCUGGAUCUAUCAAACAACCGUCUAUCGGGUGCAGUUCCAGAUACUGGUUCCUUCUCUCUAUUUACACCUAUAAGUUUUGCAAAUAACUUGAACCUUUGUGGCCCAGUAACUGGACGGCCUUGUCCUGGCUCUCCUCCGUUCUCACCACCUCCACCGUUUGUGCCACCUCCCCCGAUUUCAUCUCCAGGAGGAAAUAGUGCAACUGGAGCAAUUGCCGGAGGAGUUGCCGCCGGUGCUGCUCUUCUAUUUGCGGCCCCCGCCAUUGCAUACGCGUGGUGGCGCCGCAGGAAACCCCAAGAAUUUUUCUUUGACGUGCCAGCUGAGGAGGACCCUGAAGUCCACCUGGGACAGCUCAAGAGAUUUUCCUUGCGUGAGCUUCAGGUGGCGACCGAUAGUUUCAGCAAUAAGAAUAUAUUGGGCAGAGGUGGGUUCGGGAAAGUGUACAAAGGGCGGCUGGCCGACGGGACAUUGGUUGCUGUCAAGAGGCUUAAGGAGGAGCGGACGCCAGGUGGCGAGCUUCAGUUUCAGACAGAGGUUGAGAUGAUUAGUAUGGCUGUGCACCGUAAUCUGCUCAGGUUGAGGGGCUUCUGUAUGACCCCGACAGAGAGGCUUCUCGUUUACCCAUACAUGGUUAACGGAAGUGUUGCUUCGUGUUUGAGAGAACGACCGCCAAACGAGCCACCACUCGACUGGCCAACAAGGAAACGCAUUGCUCUGGGGUCCGCCCGAGGAUUAUCUUAUCUGCACGACCAUUGUGACCCGAAGAUUAUCCAUCGAGACGUAAAAGCCGCUAAUAUAUUACUGGAUGAGGAAUUUGAGGCUGUGGUUGGAGAUUUUGGUCUGGCUAAGCUUAUGGACUAUAAGGACACUCACGUCACAACUGCAGUGCGUGGGACCAUAGGCCACAUUGCCCCUGAGUACCUAUCCACCGGAAAAUCUUCUGAGAAAACGGAUGUCUUUGGUUAUGGGAUUAUGCUUCUUGAGCUGAUAACUGGACAAAGGGCGUUUGAUCUUGCUCGUCUUGCGAAUGAUGAUGAUGUCAUGUUGCUGGAUUGGGUGAAAGGGCUAUUGAAAGAGAAGAAAUUGGAAAUGCUAGUCGACCCUGAUUUACAGAGCAAAUACGUGGACUCGGAAGUGGAGCAGUUAAUCCAAGUUGCUCUGCUUUGCACCCAGAGUUCGCCUAUGGACCGGCCCAAAAUGUCGGAUGUCGUGAGGAUGUUGGAAGGUGAUGGGCUGGCCGAGAGGUGGGACGAGUGGCAGAAAGUUGAGGUUUUAAGGCACGAUGUUGAGCUCGUCCCUCAUUCAGCCUCUGACUGGAUUGUCGACUCCACCGAAAAUCUACACGCAGUCGAGUUAUCGGGCCCUAGAUGAAUUUUCUCUUUU